GAUGAAUAGUCAUGAAAUUGAAUAAUAAUGGGAUAGGCAUACUCGUUUUGCCUGAGAUGUCAUAUUACGCUUAUUUUAAACUCUAGUAUUCUCGGAGUAUCCAGUAAUCGAUUUUUUUUUAUAUUUAGAAAUGACAGGCCAGGAUUUUGUACUGUAAACUCAAGCCUACCUGCCUUACAGGGAUAGCUGAGAUCUAGUUUUAUUUUUUAAUCAUGUAAGUGUUUGACACUUUGACUUAAUGAUUUAACAUUCUUGAUUUGUAUUAUUUUUGCAAUUGACUUUUGUGUAACUAAUUAUUCUCACUUUACACUGUAAAUUUGUAAAUGUAUGGCUUGUCUAAUUGGAAGGAGGAAGAUUCCGCCAUUUUGAAAUAGACCGUUAUAGUUUAUGUUUCCAAAUCCGGACGGUUAAAGAUUAAAGUGCUGUUCAAGUGCGUAUAUUAUUUCUGAUCGACUUUCGAACUUUCGCGUGUAAUCUUAUGCUAAUUCUAUAAAAGUAUUUUAAUAAUAAAAUACCAUCCCAUUUGUAGGAAUACAAUAGUCUAUAGUAUUUACUAUUCAAUUGUCAAUAGGUACUUUGACAAAAAUUGUAAAUAAAGUAAAUUGUCCUAAGCCUAUUAACUAUUGUUGACUAUUGCCAUGCCAUGAAUUAUGCAUAAUUUUAAAGAAUUUACUUAAAGGGCUAGUUAUAAGCUUUACUUUAUUAUACUUUAAAAAAAGCCACCAAUUUUAUCUUCCUAUCUCUUAUAGAAGUGGAUAUGAAUUUUUUAACCCCUUCUUUAUCUUAAUUAAUCUUAAUCAAUCUUAACUUUGUUGUAACACUUUGUAAUUGUACUUUGUAUUUAACUGCCUUAUUUUUCCCAACAUUUUUUUUAUUUUAAAAUAUAAUUUAUAAUAAUGCUACCAAAAUUUUAGGAAAAAUUUUAUUCAAAGAGAGGUCCGCUGGGACGAGCAUAUUAACAAUGUAUAUAACCAAGCAAACCAAGCCUUGGGGUUCUUAAGGCGAAAUCUAAAGAUUGGCAACUCCUGUGUGAAAGAAAGAGCAUAUAAAGCCUUUAUCCGUCCGAUUUUAGAUUAUGCAUCUUCAGUCUGGGACCCAUUUACCCAGAAGAGCAUUGACAUGUUGGAGGCGGUCCAGCGACGAGCAGCACGUUUUGUCCUAAACCGCUACAGGAAUACCUCUAGUGUUGGCAGCAUGCUAGAAACACUAGGCUGGUCACCAUUGGAGAAACGACGACGACAAUCCAGGCUCUCCAUGAUGUACAAGAUAAAUAAUGGGCUGGUCCACUGUUCCAGUAUUAAACAGAAACUCGUCCCUCUCCCCCAUAGACAGCGACGAGGCCAUGACAGGCAAUUCAGGCUCAUACCAGCAAGAAGCCAGUAUAGGAGCUGCUCAUUCCUGCCCAAGACAAUCAGGGACUGGAACCAUCUUUCAAAAGGAACAGUUGAGGCGACAACACUAGACACAUUUGUGUCUAUUGCCUCAAGCCUUCAAACCCCUAGUGCAUAAUUUCCUCAUCACCACCAGUAACAGAAACAUUGCAAAUUCCAUCUACAUGCAUAGGAGCCAAAAUGAUCAAUAAAUUGAUCGUGGGCCCUUAAGAUAUAGAAGAAGAAGAAGAAACAUUUUGAAUGCAAUAUACAAUACAACACAAUAAACAACAAAACUUUUACAUAACAUCAAGAAUUGGGUAUUUUGUAUAAUUUUAUUUUAGAUUAUGUUUGUUAAGAAAAGAGUGAACAGAACAACAUUCAUUUGGAAAAAAAUCAUCAUUUAUAAUAAUUAUAAAGGAACAAAACAACAUUUUUAUUGAAUUUUAACUAAUUAUAUGCUUGUGUUAAAUUUUAAAUAAGUUCUUACAUUUAAAAAAAGGUAAGUAAUCUUUUUUAUAUAAAAUUUAUUGCAUUUAAUUAUAAAUAAAAAUAACUCAAAUAAAAUCACCCAUAAGACUAAUCCAAGCAUACCGAUUCGUGAUUAAAUUUUAAAAGGUAAUGGGGAUGCUUUGCCUGUCAUUUUCUGGGUAGACUGCUUUACAGACUUCUUUGUCUAUAUUAUGAAUCCUGCUAUCUCUCUAUCAUCAACUUUGUCUUUUCAAUCUAUGCCCAAUCACCCCUCAACGGCAAUGGAAGGAAUUCUGAAGUCUGCAAUAGAAAAUUAAAAUUGAAAAUUAAAAGCUUCCCUUGCAUUCGAAAGAAGCCUAGAAAUAACCUAUAAUCAUAAUACUGAAUCUACACAUUUUCUAUUCUAGCCACUCCAGCUCAAAUUUUCAGAUACAUCUGACAUACAAAAAGAGUGUAUCAUUAGAAAGAGCUGGCUCUAAGCUUUCCAAUGACAUCAAGAUAAUCUUUCUAUCACUUAUAGGAGAAAAGUUAAGAAUUUUUUAGUGAUUUAUUUUCCCCCACUAUUCGGCUUUGUAUUUAAUUUUUAAAACUGUGAUCACAUAAAUACUCUUUUUGUACUACUUUGCUUGUAUCAUUUUGGCUAUUUAAGUUAGAGCUCUCAAAUUUGGAGGAGACAUUUACAAUACAAUGUUUAACAGAAUAAAAACACAUGAAUUGUGAAUUAACUUAUUAUAUUUUAUUAAAUAUGACUUUAUGAGCAUUAUGGCGUGGACGACAAUCUUCGAAAAAUUUAAUUUUUCAAAAAAUGACAUAAUUACUAAACCAAUAAAGUUAUUGCUAUAAAAUUUUCAAUAAAAACAGAUAAUGUCCAUCUAAAAGUAAGGUAAAUUUAAAAUAAUUAAAUGCAGAUCAGAAUCAGAAAAAUUUAUGCAACGUUAGAAAAAAUAUUUUAUGAAAAGUGACAGCGGCCGAGACAUUUUUACACUAAGACUAAGAUAGAUAACUUUUAAACUAAUAAAGCUACUGCAAUGAAAUUUUCAGCAUUAUAGAUAAUGACAAUCGAGGUUAAGUCUUCAAAAAGGUUAAUAAAGAGAAGUGGACUGAGUGGAAGAUUAACAGGGAUGGAUAACAACAGUUAGGUAGACUAAAAAAAAAAGGUUGUUUUCAAUUAAAUUACGCAAAUUCGCAAAAUAAAGAAAUGUCCCUAGUAUUAAAAUUUAUUUAUUUCAUUAAUUUAAUUCUAGUAUUAAUACAAUAUAGGUCUAUUAAUACACCCUUAUAACUAGAAGUCUUGGUUUAUCUAAUAAUAAAAGAGAAAAAAUACAUUGUUAUUGUUGAAAACCAAGAGGAAUUCCAAUUGGUAAAUUGUUCAAUUUCUUAUUUACAAAGAAUAAUAUAAAGAAUAUAUAGUUUUUAAUAAUAUAUAAUGUAAAGAAUAAUUCAACAUUAUUCAAGUUAUGUGUUUAUUGAAAAUAUUUUAUUAGAAAUAUUUAAUAGUUGUCUACUCUAUGUAUCUUUUUUUUCUAUGUCCUAAUAAAAUAUAAUUACUAUAAAAAUGAUGAUGUUGAGACGUAUUUAUUUAUUUAUAGUCACUAAUAUACUCUUUAGCCAUACACAAAUGGGAUAAUAACUGCUCUUACUACUUAGACAGAGACCUAUAUCUUACUUACAUGUAACAUUAAAACGUAGGCUGGGAGUAAUUUAAGUAAUAAUAUUCUCUUUAUUUAUAAUAAUAAUAUUUGAGUAAUUACCCUAAUGAUAGAAUAACAAUUAUUGUUGAUUUAAUAAAGAAGAAUGGAUAAAUGCCUAGAUAUACACUCAUAAAAUUUAUUUAUGUAAAUUGAUACUAAUACUAUAUGACUAUACUAUACAUUAUAUUAUAUAAUUAUUUAAAUAAAUCAAGGGACAAAACUACUCCGAAAUUCACCCAACUACACAAAUUAAAAUUUAUAAAAACUCUUUAAUGUAUUGGGUUGUAUUCGUUUCUAAUAAUAUUGAAAAACUGUUUCCCAUCCAUUAACUUAACUGAUUAAAGUUCCACAUAUUUUUAAAGAUGAACAAUAAUGAAAAUAUUUGUGUACCUAAAUAUUGAAAUGAGUCAUUUCGGACAACCCAAAUUUUCUUCUUCAGUUUAACUAAAAUAAACUACCACAAAUGUCAUCCGAAUAGCUUGAGUCUAAUGGUACCUGGGUGCGAAUGGCGGCGCUGCAUGUCUGGGUCCAUUUUUACUUAAGUUUAAUGGGGGGGGGGGGGAGGGGGAGGUUGAGAGGUGCUUCACCUGCUUGUGUUAUGUAAUAAAAAUAGUAAUGUUAUUUUUAUUUUUUAUUUUCAUUAUUUGGGGGGAUAGCUACUUAAUUAAUAAAUAAAUUUUGAAAACGAAAAAAAAAAUUAAAAGGAUUCCAUCACUCAAAAGCACUUCAAAAAUUAUUUUAUAUGCUAAAAUCAAAGGGAGAAAAAAACUUUACUUAUAAUAAUUAGACUAUAUUUUCUAAAUAUUUCCAAAUUUUAACAGUCAAAAAAAAAAAUAAAUCAAAACUGUUAAUUAGAAAGGUCUAUAAAUUUUAAUGGGUUUUGAAAACUGUUCAUUUUUAUAAAUCGUAUAUGGCAUAACUAUUUUAAGAAGACAUGAAUUUUUUACAAAAGACAUAAUACAUUUAUUAAUGUGUGAUUUUAUCUAAGGGAAAUAGUAUGCCAAAUGAAGUAUAGAUUUCCUAAUACUCAGUUGAUUGAAAUGUUUUUUUGUAAUUUCAAAAUACUAUUAUUUGUUUCAGAUAAGUUACAAAUUGCCUCUUAGAUAUAGUUUAAAAUACUUCUUUUAAACUAAAUCCAAAGCACUAAUUUUAAAUGAACAAAUGAGGAAUAAUAAUUCUUUCUAAAACUAGUACCAACAAAAAUUUUUUUUUAUAUAGAAUCGAAAAUCCAAAUGCUAAUUCACAAACUCCGUUUUUUUUAUUAGCUUUCUGAUAGGUUCCCAUCUAGAAAAAAUAUUAAUUAAAAAAAAAUUUGCAAAGAGGUGGGGCAUAAUAAAUAUAGGCUACAUAUUUUUUUUAAACCUCUGUUAUUACUGUUAUGCAGGAAUCAUUGCUACCAAAGUAGCUAAUUUAAAGAAAACACAAAUGCUUGCAAUAUAAUUUAUUAUGAAAUGUGCACUUUUUAUAUGGGACCGUUAAAUUCUUAAGUAUCAUACAUUGUACGCCAAAAUCGUAUGAGAAAACAGGUCUGUGAAAUAUACCGGUAAUUUGAAAAGGGAUUGCGCAUGUUUGAUGCUUAGUGAGAGCUAUUAUUAAAAUUGUAGACCUUUAUAUUCUUAUAACAGUGAAGUUACAAAAAAUAAAUGAAUAAAAAUACAGAUUUUUUUAUGUAAACUACAGGAAGUAGACAUCAGCUUAUAAUCUGGAGCGGCCAGUGUGAUAUUUAUAAUCGAAAACUAUACUCUUUCAUCAAAUAUAUCUAGCAUAGCGAUAUUUCAUAUAUUCCACCAAUUGUAAUACUAAUCUUUUUAACACUGUUUAAAAAGACAAUUUAGUCGCUUUUAAUAACAAAAAAAUAUAAUCUUUAUGUUGUGGUACACGUUUUGCCGGGGGUAAAUGCCCGGACAGGCAAAAUAAAUGACCAGACGGAAACUAUUAAUGUUCAGACGGAAACUAUUAAUGUUCAGACUGAAACAAUUGUAUUCCAGACUGAAAAAUGAUUCUCCAGAUAUAAAAACUUUUAUAAUAUAUAUAUAUAUAUAUAUAUACAUAUAAAUAUAUAUACACACAUAUAUAUGUAUGUAUUUCAUUUUCUAGAUUUUCAAAUAUGAUUUACCAUAAACUAAAUAUCUAUGCAAAAAAGAAAAACAAGCUUUGUAAGAAUUAGAAACAAUAUUUUCAUCCUGAGAUUCUUACACAGAUUUUGGUUACUUACCCUAGUUACACAUAGUUACACAGAACAGUUGCAGGAGAAAAUGUAGAUAAUUUUAUACUCAUUUACAGUAUGCUGUAUUUAUUUUAUAUGUAAUAAAAACAUAUUAGAUAGUUUUCCCUCAUCAGUGAGCAGAUAAAUAAAUUUUAUUUGCGUUUCUUUUUUUUACAGGUGUUUUUAUACAGCUUAGUCAGUGCCAAAAGCUGAAACGAUAAAGACAUGUCUUCCAGAGCUGUCGAAAUCCAGAUUCCUUUAUCAAAUUCUGCACAUGUCAAAUUCAGUCCCUUUUUGAGUGCAAAUCAUUGUAAAAAGUUUAGAGAAUUUAAUCACAAUUUGUUGAGAUUGUGUUCUCUAUUCCAUAAGAUCAGCCAUGAUCUGGAUUGGGAGUGUCCAAGUGAUGUUGGAGACCAAACAUUGGCAGUUUUUGUAAUGAGUGAAAUGACUGCAAAGGAUUUCAGCAAUAAAGAGGUGAAUAAUUUUAUUUAAAUAAAUAAAUGUUUUUCAUUGUCUUUAUGUACCGGUAAAAGAAAUUUCCUGUAAAUAUAUCAGCGCAGGGCAAAUAAAAAAAAGCCACUGUUUUGGCAAAUGAAAAGUAAAAUUCUAAACUACAUAUUUAUAUAAUACAUAUAUAUCACGAAAUAUUCUAACCUAUCUUAACCCACAAAAUUUUGACUUGAUGAAUCUCAUUGUAGAGAUGCAGAGCCAAUUUUAUCCAAAAAAGUGGGUGGCAAGAUAUUUUGUCUGCCUGUGCCGACUUUGAAUUUGUGCCCCCCACUUCCCCUCAUGUGUAGUUCUUUUUGUAAAUAAAAAAUGCUGAUAUGUCAUUUUAAUUGGGGUGCCAGGAGACAUUUUCUUUCACACAGCCCUGGAUAUUAUAAACAUUGCAAAGUAAUUUUCAAAAGACAAGUUUUAAAUUUUUUUUCUAUCCUCCCUUACAUUUAUGUGAUAAUCUUGCUCGUUAAGUAAUUUUCAACAACCUGUAGAUCCUCAAACUCAGAGUUGAGGGAGCUAAUUAUGCAUCAGUAUCAAAAGUUUUAAAAUACUUGACCAUUUCCAAGCUCUCUAAAUUUAUUUACAGACCUGUUUACUUUUACAAUUUUGGUGUACAAUGUACGACUUCAUGAUGUAUUUUGUGAUUGUACACCAAGACCUCAGUAAGACCUGUUAAGACUAAGAUUGUAAGAGACCGAGUUGAAAUAAUGUAUAAGUUAUUUUUUAAAUUUCAAAAGUUAAUUUUCGGUUGGUAGUUUUAAUUUGCAUUCUAGCAGUGAAUGGAUCAAGAACUACAAUUAGCUGGAGACGAUCUAUAACUAUAUUACGUUUGCUCUGAGAGGGAAAUGGGAGUGGUAUUGAUUUAGGGGAUUUUUGACUGAGAAUGAGUGGGGGGGGGGNAAUUUACACUGCCACAUUUUUGUAAUGCUAAUAAUGAUGAUCAUAUUGUUUUCUUUGAGUGUCUUUAUUAUGAACUUGCUAGACAUGGUAACAGAAGAUAAAUCAUCACUCUAGUGAAAAUUUUAGUCUAUCCGGAGUAAUCCUUACGCACUGAGGAGGGGAGGGGGGGGUGUUGUCAAUUGUUUUGAUAUUGCCUAUGCAUGCGUAUGGGGGGGCGCUUGUCGGAAAGUAUGUAGGUCAUUCAAACAUGUUAUAAUAUUCAUCAUGCAUCUGAAAGUCCAAAAUAGCAUUUUUACAUGUCGAAUGCUGUAAAGGUAUCACGCAAUGUUUUGUAGGAAUAUGUAUGUCCAAAGUGCAUGUGACAUAUAUUUUACUGGGCUAGGCAAGUGGCUCUAAAAUUUUCGUAUCCCGGCACCUAUGCAAAAUUUAAGUUUUCACCAGGCGCCCUGUGUUAAAUUCUAACAAGAAAACUUCAAAAUGGUGAGUACAUAAACCAGACCUGUUUACCCUCAAACUCUUAAAAUCGUACAAUAUCAUCACAAAAUCGUCCAAUACAUUAUCUCAAUAGUGAAAAAAUAAUUGCAAACAUUAGCUACUCAAGUGAGUUACUGUUGGCACCAUGGCUGUUAGAUGUCACUUUGGAUUAAAGUUAAAAUAAAAUAAUGAAAAUUUUGUAAUAUUUCGCAACGCCCCACGUUAACAUGCUACAGCAACCCAUAUAGAAAAGGUUCGUCAAAAAAAUAUGUAUGCAACAGGAGAUGUGGGAAGAGAAAAUUUGACUUUUUUGUGUAGGUCCCAUAGAGAGGAUGCAUUCUGGCAUUUGUUUGCUUCAGUGCUGAAUGACUUAAUUAACACAAAAAAAAAGGUAGAAAAGUUAAAUAACAUCCAUAAAUAGUAACUAUAUAUCAGAUGUUAUAUUACAUUAUUUCCAAGCUUAAAUUUUAAAAAUUAUUUUUCUACUUUAGUUGUAAAACCCACAACAGUAAAAAGUACCGUCCUUGACUAUGAUCAUGAGAGUAAACAAAAUUAAGCCAUAUUGAAAACUCCUCAAUUGAUCAAUAUAUUAUAAAGACAAAAUGACUGUCAUCUGUCAAGUUUUUCAUUUUAAUAGGAAAUCUUUCACUUUCUAUAUAGCUGUGGGUUCCAAACCUUUGUGACUUGCUAAGCCCUUUAUAGUCGUAUCAAUUUCUAUGGGGGAUUCCUAUUGCCUACCCUAUAUCUUAAAAGAAAACAAUGUCUUGGUGUUUUUUUACGGAAGGGGAUGGGGGGGGGGGGUGAUUGUAUGGUAGGAGAAACCUUUUUCACUGAGAUAUGUAGUUGAGAAAGGUAGCAAUACUAAUUUUGAUUUCUCAAACAAUGUUAUUAAUUCAUAUUGUAAAUGCAGAAAAAAUUCUCGCAGAAUUUGGUUUUCUGACAUGAUUUUUACUUCACCGUGAGAUGUCAAAUCUAUGAAGGCCUUUUAUUCUGCUGAGUUUAAGUUGGUGCUUUUUAUAUUCACGAAGAACACAUUCAGUAACGAUUUAAAAUCACCACUGCCUUUUAAGCUGUGGGAAAAUAAUGUUUAAGUGACGAUCUCAAAGCUUUGAGAUGUGCCUGAAUACUAUUUUGUCUGUGUUUGUUCUUGUAGCUUGAUGUUAUUUUAAUUCAAGAAGCUUUUUGUAAGAGAGCAGCAAUCAAAAUCUUCUAUCUCCAUGCACUCCAACCAAUACUUUUGAGUUUGCAUAAUAACUAUGAAGGUUUUCCUUGCAAUGGGUAUUCAUUUCAUUCACUUUACUGAAAAUGUGCACAUCCAUGCUUAAUCAUUGAAAAUCAUCACCAAAUAAAGCAUUUUGGUCUUUCAAAAAUGCUCUAACCUCUGCAUGGAGUUCCAUCAAACUUAUCAAUGCUUUCCUUAAGACAAGUCAGUGUGCAUUUGAAGACCCGCUUUUAAGAUAUUCUUAUUUUAUUUAGUUUAUUAUUUUUAUAGCAUCAUUAACACUAACAUAAGUUUUAAAGGUAGUUGUCAAGAGGCUAGCAAUUGACUAUGAAGAACACAGUCGCUGCUGCUACAUUUUUCAUGAUUUUUACUUCACCGUGAGAUGUCAAAUCUAUGAAGGCCUUUUAUUCUGCUGAGUUUAAGUUGGUGCUUUUUAUUCACGAAGAACACAUUCAGUACCGAUAUAAAAUCACCACCACCUCUGCAUGGAGUUCCCUCAAACUUAUCAAUGCUUUCCUUAAGACGACUAUCUUAAUUCAGUGUGCAGCAGGCAUUUGAAGACCCGCUUUUAAGAUAUUCUGAUUUUAUUUAGUUUAUAUUAUUUUUAUAGCACCAUUUAACACUAUCAUAAGUUUUGAAGGUAGUUUUCAAGAGGCUAGCACCUGCCUAUGAAGAACACAAUCGCCACUGCUACAUUUUUUAAAACCGUUUCUUUAAUUUUAGCAAUGGCGUCAGCAAGAUGAUCCAUCAUUGGCUUUGCCUUAUCAUUACAUAUAUCCGCACAGAUUUUCCCCACUGUAUUUCAUUUGAUGAGAAGACUUCAUCCAAGAGAUAAAAUAUUUCAUUCCCUGUUGUGUUGGUUUGUUAGUGGUCUGCAAAGUAGAAUGUCUUUCUGAUAGCUUUGUUAGAAAACAUAAUGAAGAAAUACAAUACCAACUGCCAAACAAUGUCAGUCCAUUGUAGUGCAUAUAUGGUAACCUGAUGCUAGUUACACAAAUAACACUCCAAAGAGGUAGUAUGCACAGAUAACAUCAGUGGGAGAAUCAUUACAAAUUUUAUCAUUGAAAUUGUCACGAUGACAAUUCACUUUGAACUGAAUGCAAUUUGAUUAAGCCAAGCUAUAAAUAUUUAGGACUUGGCAUCAAGAUGUUUCAAGCUGAUUUGAGAAUGCCCACGAAACUUCUCGAAUGUUCUGUUGCAAGAAAUCACUUGGACUUUAUUCAACGUAGAAAAUUUUUGUUCAGAAUGUAAUUUCCAGUUUUUAUUUAAAUUCUGAUUUUCUGAUUUCUUUAUUCUUUUUAUUUGAUUCAUUAUCAUUUUUUUAUUUCAUGAAGUGCCUGUUGGAAACCACUGCUAUGUAGCAAUAUGUAUGCUUGUCCUGCGGUCAUAUUAUGCAAUUAGGGUGUUGAAAUGGAUAGAAUUUAAUUUAUGGAGUAACUGAUGUCUAUCGCCUUAGAUACAUUUUCCAGGCUUGGGUCUUUUUUACAAUUUUCUAUUUAAGUGCCAAAUAUAUUUAAUUUUUGUAUUUUAAAUUUGAACAACCAUUCAAAAUUUGGAUUAAAUCUGAUUUAUUUAUAUGUUUAGCACUUACACUUACACAAUGCAACUCAAAUCCCCAACAUAAACCAAAAGCAUUCAAUGCUUGUUCAUCCCAUUCUUGUGUAGCACACAUUGUUGUACUGCUUGCUUUGCAAGCAUUGAAACAUUUACUACAAAUGACAAUUAAAACUGGCAACCAGUAAAAAAUCUGAUGUCUGAAACCCCAAAAGAAAUAAUUUUUUUACACCCCUACUUAAAAUAUAGUGUUCUUUUUUUAUGAAAUACCUGGUUUACAUCAAUGUAAUUAUUUUCUAUUUUCUCUCCAUAGAAUGAAGUUACAACAAUACAAGUAGAUCAUGAGUUCAAAUUUAAAGCUGAAUUACAAAAUUUGGUUGGAUUUGUUGAUGAAUUAUUGUCAUUAAAAGAAGUUGAGGAUUUGGAUGAAUCGAUGGAAAUGAAAAAGCUAAAAUCUAAACUUGAUGUGUUCCUUGAGAAAAAUCACUCUGAAAUAUCAGGUUGUUCCCAAUCAUGGGCUAUGAAUGUCUUAUAUUACUUAGACUUGAAUUACACUAUCCUUGAAAACUACAAUUUCAUAUUAGACUGUCCACCUGGUGAUCUUUUCGGCCUUCAGCGACAAAUAGAGAAGAUUUGGGAAAAUGGAUUUCAUGGAUGUCUUAUUGCUAAGAGCAAUAAAAUCAACCUUAGCAAAAGCCUGCAGCAAUUAGGAUACUCAAGGUCUGUUUCUGACAAAAUUAUCUCAAGUAUUCCAAAACCAUUACUAGAGCGUCAGAGUUCACUGUUUUGGUCUAUUCGUUACUUGAAGUAUAAGCUGUUCAAUGAUCCUUUGCUGACCUAUGUGCCCAGAUAUCCUUUUAAGGAAGGAAGGAUCAAUGAGUGGUUUGAGGAGGAAAUGGAAGACUGCAAUUACACAUCAAAUUAUCCUGAGUCUUGUCAAGUCACGAUGAUGAAUGUCUCCGGGGUAGAUGGUCAGAAUCAAGUUAAAAGGUAUGUGGGGGGAGGGGGGCAUUUGUCUGUUGCUGCCCCUCUUAUUGUCUUUCUAUGCCUUCCUUCACCUCUAUUAUGCCAAGUACUGCCUCAGUACCCUCCUUUUGCUGUUGCUGUAUUUUGCUCAUUCAGAUCACUGAAUCACAUGGGUCUCUGUUAGGCAAUUCAGACAGAUCCCUUACUACUUAUAAAUAACCCACUCCGCCCUGCUGUCUUGCAGUUCUGACUCUUGUUGUCUAGGGUCUACAACAGUGCUUUCUCAUAAAGAGUAUCACCAACAACUUGCUUUCAACACUUCAUAAAAUCAGCAACACUCUAUAUAAUAAUAAUGUUACAGUCCUUUAAUCUUUACACUUGUACUACAUAAAUUCACAAUAGUCACUUCAAAAAACACCCAGAAACACUGAUGAAAUGCACAAACUACUGGGAACUGAUGAUUACAGGGAAUUCUGAAGAACUAUCAGUAAGAGAAUUGGCUAAUCUUAUGGUGGUCACUCUCCUUGCAGUAGCUGUAAUCUCCGUCACAUGUUUAGAUGUUUAUUAUGUGACUGCACAAUGAUAUUUAGACACAAGAAUAUGAUAGGUGGUACUGGUACAUUAUUUAAUAAUUCUGCAAUCAUUAUCCUAAAAUUCUGAGAGGUAAAUGGCCUAUUAAUAUCUCUAAUACUGUAAAAAUGUCACGCAAUGUUUUGUAAUUAUCGUUGCUAUCUACUGAUGUUUCGAGUUUUCACCUAUGAAUUCGUUGGAAAAGCACUAGUGGCAGUAACAGUAAAAAUUUAGUCCACUGUGUGCCUCGAUUUUAUGUUUAACUUGCACAUGAAAAAUUUUGUUAGGCUAAGCCAGUUCAGUGUGUCCAAAAAAGUGUCGGUUCUCGGCGCCCUUGACAAAUAAAUAAUUUAGAUUUUCACUAGGUGCCCUAUGUCAAGUCAAGUUCUGACAAAUACACUUUAAAAGAGCGAAAGAUUGGGUAAAAGUAAAUAAAAAAUGUAUGUGGUCAUUAAGUGCCUUCUUCUUGUAACUGCAAACAGUAAUUACUUUAGUGAAUUACUGGGUUGUAAUAGGCGCCCCAGUGAGGCAGCUGCGACUCCCCAAGGGUGGUGCGGCACCCCAGGGAAAGGCCAUGAUGAGGAAAAGCGGGGCCCCAGGCUAAGGCUGAAAGAAAAAAAUUGCCGCUUAUACAGACCAGUUAUAAGAUGAUUUUGGUACCCCUUGUUUUAUGAAGUCCAUGGAGUUUCAUUGUUUAAUUCCAUGUUAAGAUCCUAUCUGAAGGCGAUUUUGGCGCCCCUAGAUUGGCUAGAUUUUAAAACCCUUUUUUUAUUUUUUUUUGCAUCGCCCUGCCCUAGGACAAGGUGAAGCACAUUUUGUGAACCUCAUGGCUGUGCCUAACAGUUGACACAAAGUUGUUAAAACCUGUGGCCAUGACAUACUUUUUAUUGAGACGCAUUUAAUGGCUGUAAAUAAAUUAUUUUUUUUGGGUGCUUUUUUUUUGGGGGGGGGGAGGGGGGGGGGGGUCGAAAGAUCAUCUGGAUGUAUACUGGGGUGGGGAAAUUGCCUUGGACAUUCGCCUUACCCCAAUAUCCCUUUUUCCCCAAGUAUUCGCCCUUGGCAAAUAUUACUACCGGUAUAUUACUACCAAUGGCAAUGUGGAUCAGAAUAUUUAUAAGUUAAAGAUUCAGAGACAUUCCAUUAAUUUGAGUAUUAAAAUGGGUAGAUUGGAGUUCAUUUCCCAACAAAACCCAGAAAGAAAGAAACCAAAAAAAAUAAAAAAUUAUCGGAUACUAACACUAACUUUAUAUCCGCACUGUGUAAUGUAACGUUAGUUGCGCAUGCGUUCUAACACAAGCAUGAUUUGCAUUCUUCCCAAAUGGAUAAUCAUAAAGCACACAUUUUAAAUCAAAACAUCUUGUUUAAAGCCCGCUUUUUUUUUCUUCAAAUUUGACAGUAUUCGUGUAAGCAAUAGAAUUAUUAUUACAGAUUCCUGUACCUGUAUUUGAAUGAACGAAGAAAAGUCUGUACAGUCAAUAUCAUCUGACUUUACAAAGCUGAUGAAUUUUUUAACGUCUGAUUAUAUCGUGCCGUCAUGUGGGUACACGUUUUUGGCCUUUUUUUACUUUAUGUGGAUAUAAAAUGUUAAAGUAGGGGUUCACAUUAUACAUGGAAGUUCAAUGUGACUUUCUUGCAUAGGUCGAUGGCCCCAAAGACCCACAACUUACUAUCAGGUCAAGUUCAACCUACACAAAGUGCUUUUCAUACCUUGACACUAAGCAAACUAUUUAAAAUACAAGUGCCGGUACUAAAGUUUCAUUUUUUUAAUUCUCCCAAGAUCAUUAUUCUUUAUAAUGAAAAAACUAUGAAUUGUUAAAUCUUCUUUCGUUACCAAGUUGUGUUAGCUUAAUUUAAAUUAAAUUAAGCAUUGCUUUACAAACAUAGUCACAGGUGGAAACAAUGGAUUAUAAUAUAAUAAUAAUGUUAUUAUUUAUACCUGGUAGUAUAUAAUAUACCUGGAUACAUAUAUAUAAGACACUGGUCUAGAUCUGUUCACUAUGAAAUAUUCAGAGUACAAUGGAAUAAAUACCGAAAGGGGUUAAAACACCGUAAAAUUUUCCAUUAAGUCAAGAGGUUCUUAACCAGGGUUUCUUUCAGCCAUCUAUCCGUCGGGGGGGGGGGGGGGGGGGCCCCCCCCCCCAAAAAGGGGGGGGGGGGGGGGGGGGGGGGGCACUGCCCCAGCAAAAUGUGUACAAAAAUAUAACUGUAACGAUUAUAUACUUAUUUAAAAUUAAAAAACUACUAAAUUGUUAUUUUUAAAAAGAAUAGUAUAUGGUGCUUUUGACCGUUUUCAAUCAGUGGAAUCUAUGAUCGCUACGUUCGAUAUAUUUGAUGAUCCGUAUAUACAAGUAUAAGGCCAAUCUUGUUAAAGUCUUACAGUAUUCAAUUAAAAAUAUCGUAUUUGCGGCUCUUGAGUAUAACAGACCUGUUUAACUCUUACGAUUUUGGCGUACAAUUUACGAUUUUGAGGUGUAUACAUUAUAUGUAUUGUAUGUUUAAUUUUACCUUUUUAGAUAAUGUAUUGAACGAUUUUGCGAUGAUAUUGUACGAUUUUAAGAGUUUGAGGGUAAACUGGUCUGGUAUAAGCAGAUUCUUACUUCCCAUUGUUUGUAUUUAUCCAUUUAACUUUUGCAAGUUCACACAUUUAAAGACUAUAUCAACGCUGUCUUGAACUACCUAAACAUCAAUAUCAUUAUCAUUCUACAAUUCAAAUAUAGUUCUCGCUAAGUAUUAAACAUAUGCAAUCUAUUUUUAAAUUAUAUUUCAUUAUGACAGUAUUACUUUUAAAGUAGUGAUAGGUGUUAAUUUAAUUGUAAAUUAUAUUUUGUAAAAAAAAAAAAUUAACAUAAUUAUAAAUAUAUUCCAUUCCAUGAAUAUUUAGUUAUAUAAAAUGGAAAUUAAAAAAAAAUUGAGAUAUAUUCUAAUUGAGAAUUUAACAGUCACAUACAAACAGUUCAUAUUUCAUCAAUUAUUAUGUCGAAAGCAUUAAGUGUUUUCUUUAAAUGUGUUAAUUUUGUAAAAAAGUUUCCUGAAUAAAGGGUUUUAAAAAAAAUUAGCCUAUUUAUAUUAAAUUCACAACAGCUUUUGUGUUUUCAAUCUCAGAAUAAUAAACCAUCUAUCCCAUCUAGUUGCCAGGGACGUCUUUUGGGUAGGGAAGGGUGGGGCAUGAGCACCCCCUCCUCCCCCUGAAAUGGUAGGUGUUGUUUAACUUGCUAUGUAUUGUGGUGCCUCCAGUAAUAAACAAGCAGACCAAGUUUUUGUUUCUUAAAAAAAAAAACCUGAAAUGAUGCCCGGCUAGUUGCAUGGAUUUUUUAUAAUUAAUAUUUUUUUUGUCAAGAUGAGAAUCUAUCAGAAAGCUUACAAAAAAGAAAAUUUUUGUAACUAUCAUUUCAAGUAUCAUGCCAAUUCCAUUUUCUGUUGGUACUCGUUUUAGAAAAAAAAAUUCUUAUUCCUAAUUUGUCUAUUUAAAAUAAAUUCUGUGAAUUUGGAAAUAAAAUGUUUUUAAGUACAUCUAAGUGGUAAUUUGUAAUUUAUCCCAAAAAGUUAUAGUAGUUUGAAAUUCCAAAUAAUAAUUUCAAUAAACAUAAUAUUGGGAAAUGUAUACUUUAUUUUUUUAAACAACUCGAGUCUUCUUUACAAAAUAAUGUCGUUCAUACGAUUUAUAAGAAUGACCAAUUUUGAUAACUCGUAACUGAACCGUUUUUUUUAAAAUUUAACCCUGGUAAAGUAAAACUUGGAAAUAUUUAGCAAAUGUUAUUAUUACAUAUAUGUUGAUUAUUAUAAGUAUUUUUUUGUUUUCAUUUUUGUUCAACGUGUAAAAUGAUGUUAGCGGUGAUUUUUUUGUGUGAUAGAAACCUUUUUUUUCUUCUGAAAAUUCAUUUAUUACUAUGUAGCUAAGACCCAAAAAGCUUGAAAUAAAAAAUGAAAGCCACAUUACUAUUUAGUAAUAUAAAAAAAUUUGCAUAACACAGGCAGUUCAUGCAGAGCCGUCCCUCGACUUUUUGAGGCCCUUUUUACCCCUUAUUGGUUUUGUCAUAUCCCCCCUCCCCCCCGCAAACCUUGCGUUGAAGAAGACAAGUAAGAAAAUAUCCACAUCACAUCUUUAACUUAAGCCCAUAAAAUAUUCGAGGCCCACUGCAGUCGUAGGCGUUGCAAGGCUCAGAACAUUUUUGUAUUUUUGUAAGGUUAAGUGACAACUACAUUUUUUAAAAAACUAGCAUCUCUUCCGUUGCUCUCCAAGUGUAGAAGGCUACAAAACUUAAUUAAAAUAUUUGCUAAAAAUGCUUGUUUUAUUUUGAAUUUGUCAACAAAAUUUUGGGGGCUAUAAACAUGUAAUAGAUGAUAUUAAUCUAGGGAUAAUGCAUACCCUCAAGGGCACCAUAACUAGAAUUAAUUUAGUUCCCACUGGUGCACCGUUAAAGAUGUCUUUAAUCAUUAUUAUGGCUAAUUUUGGCACUUCCCACAUGAAAGUUUGAAAUAAAACCUCAAAAUUGUAGGAAAGAAACACAGAAUGCAAGUAUGUGCCAAGGUGCACCCCUGCAUUUUGAAUUGACACAACUGUCUUCGUCUACAAGAAUUUUCCAUUCAUCUCUGUCCUGUGCGUUCCUUUUCAGUUGCUUCCAUUUGUAUCCCUUACUUAGAGUCUCCAUGUAUUUUUGGAGCUUCCUCUCUUUCUUUUUCCCUGUGAAUUUCAUGUUAGGGAUUGUCUGGUGAUAUCUGGGGGUUUGAAGAGUGUGCCUUAUCUACCUCCAUCUUUGUCUUCAGCAAUAGGCUCCUGGUAUGUUCUAUCCAGUAAGUCUUUGUUGGUGAUGGUGUUGAUCUUCAGGAUCUUUCUAAGGCAAGUGUUUAUGAAAAUCUGUACUUUUUGGGUGACCUCGCUGUUCUCCAAGUUUCAGCUCUUUAUAGUAGGACUGUUUUGACAUUUUUAUUGAAAAUUCUGACUUUGGUUUGAAGAGUCAGCUCCUUUUACUCCCAUAUUUUCUUAAUAGCACAAAUGCUGACCUAGCCUUUCCAAUUUUAGCCCUUACUUGCGCUUCGGAUCCACCAUUUAUGUUGAUGGCUCUGCCUAAGUGUGCCAGCGCAUUUCCUACCAGAGAUCUAUACUCUUACUGAGAGCUCACACAAUGUUUCUAAGGUUAAGUGAGAACUACAUUGAUUUUAAAACUAGCAUCUCUUCCGUUGCUCUCCAAGUGUAGAAUGCUAAGUUUAACAUUAUGAUCUUUGUCUUGCUUUUAUUUAUAUAAAGUAAAGAAAGAUUCAUCGGCACCCUCGAUUUCUACCCUUUAAUUCGAUGAAAAUGUUUGAUAAUUUUGUUGACGAGAGAUACACUACCUAGAGGCGUAGCUACUUUUUGUGCUACCAAGGGGGUAAAAUAUUUUUGCCGCUCUUCCUUUCUUGAUACAAAUUUUAUGUUGUCCGAAAAUGUCGUACCUCUAUAUAAAGAAAAAAGUGACACCUGGGUUAACCACCUCACCCGUCCCCUUUCUACGCUUCUGGAAUGGGCAUAGCUAGAGUGUAUGGCGUCAGGGGACAUGAUCCAACUCUGAAACGAACUAAUUAUUUUCAACCAUCAAAACCCAUUAAAGUCCAUUUUGGUGCCCCCGCUAGUCUGGCCCCCAGGGACGCAUGCCCCCAGGGACGCAUGCCCCCUUAGCUAUACCUUUUGCCACUGGCAACUGGCACUGCCCCCCCCCCCCCUGGGAAAAAUGUCUGAAAGAAACUCCCCUUUCUACGCUGCUGGAAUGGGCAUAGCUAGAGUGUAUGGCGUCAGGGGACAUGAUCCAACUCUGAAACGAACUAAUUAUUUUCAACCAUCAAAACCCAUUAAAGUCCAUUUUGGUGCCACCGCUAGUCUGGCCCCCAGGGACGCAUGCCCCCAGGGACGCAUGCCCCCUUAGCUAUACCUUUUGCCACUGGCAACUGGCACUGCCCCCCCCCCCUGGGAAAAAUGUCUGAAAGAAACACUGUUCUUAACAUGUGCACCAUCUAAUAAUUUUGGGGCUACUAAAACUUUAAAGUAAGGACUUAAUGGAAUGUAAAUUAUGUAAAUAAAAGAGUGUAUUUACAAAAAAUGUAUAACCUUUUUUUUUAAAAUGUAUACUAGUAACAGUUGAGGGGGACCACUGUGGCUAACAAAAUGUUAAAGUGAGCCAUAAUAAAAAAUAAUAAUUUUUAGAUGGGAUAUGAGCUGAUUUUGUCUAUUCUUGCAAUAACCAUACAGUUAUAUCCACUAAGUGCACAUAUGAAAAAUACAUAUAUCCACAUCCUUUACAGUACAGUGAAACAUACCGUUAUUAAUAAGACAGUAAACUCAAUAACUUGGAGAAGAAUAAGGAAAGUUAUUUCUCUUCAUGAGUUCGUUUAUACACAUGAAUCUGUAUUUCUAGAGCUAGCUUACUUUAAUAAUGAAUUAUCAUUAAUUACAUCUAAAAUUUAUACAAAAUUCAUCAUAAGUCUGCAGCAUAGUGGAGAGUAUUCAUAAAUUGUUCUCGGCAUAGUGGAGAUAUAUUAUUCAUAUAUUAUUCUUUUUAUUAUUAUAUAAUAUAGCUUAUCCUUAUGAAGACCCAAUCAUCCUUGUGUUGAUAGAAUUCACAUAUAAAUUGGCCUCCUGUGGAAAUAAAUAGUUACAGAGGGCAUUGUUUCAAAUGGGUUAAUUAACAGUAGUAACACCUAAUCUGUUUUCUAUGAGUCCAGCUUGUUCACCAUUUAGUUAUUGUGUCUAUGCUACAUUUCAUUAAUUAUAGCAGGAUUUUAUUAACUGGAUAAUAAAUUUCACUUUGAAAAUAUUUUACCCUUUAAUUUGACAGGUACAUAGAGAAACAAAAAGAAUACUGCAGUUCUGAUUUAUUUUUCCACGGCACUUCUCAUAAGGAUGCAGUGAUGAUAUUAAAUAGGGGUGUACAGCUGUCACAAGGCUCCGCUGGACAAGAUUUUUCAAGUGGUGAUGGUUUCUAUCUCUCUGAUAACUUACUGGAUGCCAAAAAAUGGGCAGGUGCUGGUAGGGGCAAGUACCAGGCUGUCAUUGUGUAUAAUCUGAGCCUUGUUGGUUGUGAAGAAGGCCUUAACUUAGUCGAAGAUGCUGAUCAGUGGCAGAAAAUAGUGAAACUUUGUAGGGGCGGAUAUGAAGACUUGCAAAAAUUUGAACUUGUACAGAAUGUUAAAUACAUUAUUGGCCCAUCUUGUAAAAAUCCCAUCACCGCCAUUCAAAAUAAAACUGAUUUUAAAUGGGAUGAAACCAACCAGCUUUGUGUAAGAGAUCAAACUUUUGCCAAUACUCAUUUUAACACAAAAAAUAUUUGCUGUGUUUUUUUCUAUUAACAGUGUUAAUAUAAAAGCAAUUUUAAAAGCUGUAGUAGAAAAAUAUGUGUUUUGGAUCACAACAUUGGUAUAUAAAAACAUGAUGAGACCUAAUUAGCCUUUGAGUAAACAUGGUUAUAUGGUAACUAUACUUGUACUAAUCGUAGUACCUUUUCCAUUUUACCUACAUGUGUAUCCUUAUUCCUCAUCAAAGAAACAUGAACUGGGAAUCAUGAACCCUCUUCUGAUUAUAAUACCACAGUUUUUGGCCUCCCAAAUUACUGCACUAUACCCAUACAUACUAUGCAGCUGCCUGUUACCCAUCACUUUAUUUAAAAUGCAAGAUUUGGGGGAUUAGUGAUCCAAAUCUUAUGUCAGAGGACUGCCAAAUAUUGGUACCUCUCAUUGCGAGACAUUCACAGGACAUUCACACUCCUUUUUUAGAAAUCUAUACUAUAUGUUUUUAUCUCCCUCUUUUUAAACCUACAAAGUUUCAAAAGUUAAAAUUCAGCAUGAAUAGCUGAAUUUCCAAACUCGUACGUCAUAAGUUAAUGAACAAGUUUAAAAUAUGUCAUCAUAUUCGUAUGUAAUUAAAUCUAAUGAAAUUUAUAACAAAAGCAUUUUUAUUUUUAUUUUUUUAAAUAUUUUUUUUUUGCUGGUAACCGUCCGUCACAAUGUGACGAUGGAGUGGGCUUUGGAGGACGUAAACCACAUGGCCUGGUAUUAUUCUUCAAGGAUUAUAAGCUGGUUCCCAACAGCAAAUCGCCUCUCGCCAUGCCGCUGGAUAACCCAAGGGAACAUCAAUGGAUGAUACAGCUUGGCACCAGUGACGUUGCAGAAGUUGUUGGAAUGAUUCAUUGUAUCAAUGUUAUCCGCCUUUCGGGACUCCAUAGAGUUUCAUUUCAGAGUUUCCUUCUCUUAGAUGAGUUGCCAUCCAAGGUUAACGAGUACUAGUACCGUACAUGGGUAUCUCAUCAGUAGGUAAUGGCGACAGUGACCAGGAUGAUGGCACUGAGCUUGUGAAGACCAACUGACUGAUAUUCAACUUGAGAUAUUUUAAUUCAAAGGUUAUUUUAAACAGUUCCUAAUUUUUUGUGAUUAUUAAACAUUAUCAACUUUUUAUACCUGAUUAAACCUUGAAUAAUAAUUAUUUUUUUUUUAUACCAGUACAGUUAUUGUAUGUGUAUUUCUUUUCCUUUUAAAAAUCAUGCAUAUUUGUGCCGAGGCGUCAAAUAAACCUUAAUACUUUAUCCUUUCAGGAUGCUAUUGACCUUAUUUUGUUACUAUAUAUAAGUAUUAUAAGCAAUGUUUCCUCUAAC